UUCCCAAGAAUAUUACCGAGUUACCACAUCCAAUUCCAAUUAACUACCAAAAGAGUUUAAAUGGCGAACAAUUUGUACUUUAUGAUGGUUUAAUAGAUGGUUCACGAUGUAUUAUAUUUUCGACGCCAACUGAUAUGUUAUACUUAUCUCAGAGUGAAAUGUGGUACUGUGACGGAACAUUUUACGUUCGCCCAUCAAUAUUUUAUCAGAUUUAUUCUAUCCACGGGUAUAAUGAUGAUGGUAUUAUGGCACCUUACGUAUAUUGUUUAUUACCUGGCAAAUCCGAAACAUUAUAUACUGGUAUGUUUGAAAAAAUAUUUCAACACAUGAGCCAAAUGAAUUUACCAAUACGAUUACGUCGUGUCACAAUUGAUUUUGAAUUAGCUGUUGCGAAUGUAUUCCACAAAUAUUAUCCAUAUAUUGAAGUGAAAUAUUCACGGGUCGCAGUCUUUAAACUCCUUACGAGAUGA